UUUUCUCCUCUGGUCCACGUAAACACCGUCACAUAUCUACAGCUCCUCGGUCCUCAUUCUGACUGCUACCGCCGCGAACAUUUACAGUCUGCCAGCAGAAAGAAAACUAUAUAUAUAUUAAAGACCCGCGGUAUUUAUUCCGGCAUCUUUUCCUCCUUCUUUCAGAGCCGCUAACUUUUGUAACUCGUCACUUCCGGAGACGCGUAACAAUGUUGCGGUGCGCUUUCGGCCGAGGAUGAAGAGGCUGAAGGCGGCACUGUGGCUCAGCGUCCUGCUCCUGUUGUGGGAUCCUGUUCAUCAUGGCCACUGCUCAGAGCAGAAACAUCUCGACCUGCAGAAUCAGCCGCAGACCUCAUCGGACGUCCCGAAUCAGCAGGACGAGUCCGAGGAGAACGGAGGAAAUGACAAGGAUCUGCUUCAGGAUCGUCCUGACGUUGACGCCGUAGAACAAGAAACGCGGAUCGACGCGACAGACACUACAGACUCAGGAAACCACACAGCCAGAUGAUGUUGUUAAGGAAUCUCAGACGGACGAAGCCGCGGCAGACCCGGUGACACUCGAGACUUCCGUCCCCCCCGAGGAUGACUCUGGCUCUCCGAAACCAGACCUCUCCUCUCUUCCUUCUCCUCCCGUCACUGAAAGCGAUGCUGUUUACAUCUCUGAGGUCCUGUCCUCCACUGCUACCGUCUCACCUGGACCAAGCGCACGCAGUGAUGACUCCGGCUCUUCCUCCCCGUCAGUCCCGUCAGUCCCGUCUCCCCCACUGCUGCCUGUGAGGCAGAGGAAAACCCUACAUACCUUUCAGACAUCGGUAGUCUUCCCAUGGUUUUGGAGAACGGCAGCACUGCUGGAACUGGAAAGAGCACUAAGCCGAGUUUAGGUCGGACGAAUCAGGGAACCAACGCCUCCAGCAUCCUGAAAGAAAAGAUCGUUGCCGCCACCCCGGGAAGAGACCCGGCUCCUCCUCCUCCUGACCCAGAAGACAUCCUUACUUUUGACGAAUGGACAAAGAGCAUGAUGGAGGAGGAGAAUGAAAAAAGUCAGACCACACACACGUCCUACAACGGGGGCUCGGGUGGGGUUAAGAAGGUGCAGAAAACCACAAACUACGCCUCUGUGGAAUGCGGCGCCAAGAUCCUGGCUUCUAAUCCCGAAGCAAAGAGCACUUCUGCAAUCCUGAUGGAGAAUGUAGAUGUUUACAUGCUGAAUCCUUGCAGCAAUAAGAUCUGGUUCGUCAUUGAGUUGUGUCAACCCAUUCAGCUCAAGCAGCUGGACAUCGCCAACUUCGAGCUCUUCUCCUCCACCCCCAAAGACUUUCUGGUCUCAAUCAGUGACAGAUAUCCAACUAACAAAUGGACCAAGCUUGGGACCUUUCAUGCUCGGGAGGAGCGCACGGUCCAGAGUUUUCCCCUGGAUGAGCAUUUAUAUGCCAAAUACGUCAAGAUGUUCACCAAGUACAUAAAGGUGGAGCUGUUGUCACACUUUGGCUCUGAGCACUUCUGUCCUCUCAGCCUGCUCAGGGUGUUUGGCACAAGCAUGAUGGAGGAGUACGAGCUGAAUCUGGAGCCAUCUGAGACAGUCAACCAGGAUGAGGACGAUGAUUAUCCUCCCGGAUAUGUUCCAUCAGAUGAAAAGUCUUCAAAGAAUCUGAUUGGGUCUGCCAAGGAUGCUAUUCUUAAUAUGGUGAACAACAUUGCUGUUAAUGUGUUGGGUACAAAUCCAGAAGAUGGAGCUCAGAAUGGAGGCAAUUCUUUCUCCUUGCAUUUAAAUUUGACGGAGACAUCAGGAACUCCAUCCAAGUCUGUUAUGGAGACUGUGGCAGUGGACCAGCUUGAGUCAAUAAAGGUAAUUGAAACCUUCUCAAUGACUGAAGGUGGACACAGGGGUCCGACAGUUCCUUUAUUUUCGCCCUCGGUCUCGGAGACCACAGUGACGCUGACUCCAGAGCCUGUCCAGACAACACUUACCAAAAAGGAUCAGAUUGUUACUUUGCUACCUGAAGAUGAGUUAGAUGAUCAAGACAAGUCCUCCAGGUCUACACUACAGAAAGCAGAGCAGGAGAGUGUGAAGAAUCCCCAGGAUCAGCAGUGUUCAAGAUUGAAGCCGAAAAAGGAGGGACAUGUUUCUGAUUUCAGUUCUUGUGUUAUUUCCAUCAAAGAGUACCUCCUGCAGAGGUGUUUUCCCAUUCCACUUGAGCCGAGGAAGAAGAUCAAUACGAAAUCUCGAGAAUCACAUUCUCAAACCAACACUUUCCACAAAACAGAGACCUCAGUCCUGGUUAUGAUCUCAUCAUCCCAAACCCAGGUGCUCCCCACCUGGAGCACGAUGGAGACAAGCUCUUCGGCGGAAGCUUUUGUUGUGGUUGUUCCACCUUUUCCUGAGAGUGAUCAUGCAACCAAAGCUGGAUCUCUGGAUCUUGCACCAAGUCUUACCUCAGCAGUGGUGACACUAACCUCCCUCGACACCCUCACCUUCAGAGCUACUCAUGUUGUGGAUUUUCUGGACCCGUUAGCUGUUGAGAGUUCUGAUUCGAAGCUCAAUGACAAAAUCACAUGUAAUCCAGUGGAGGACAAAAACACUCCUGUUCUGAAAGCAACAUCCACUCCAGUUUUAACCACCAAAACUGAAGAGGCGGAUCAUGUCCUGAUGUCUGGCUCUGAACUUGAAAUGUCUACCACUGAAAAAAACACCUUGACUUCUAGUUUGAUUAUCAGCACCAUGGAUCAGGCAACAUCAACCCCUCAAUCAAGCUCCACAGAUCAAACCUUUGUCCAACCAACCGUAACCAAGAGUGCAACUCCGGCUACAACAAUGAUCACUGCCUCAGGAACAGAGCCUGUGGAAGUGGUUUCAGGUGUAGCAGAACCUAAAGGUGACGAGCUAGUAGAUGAGGUUGCCCUUGUAGGCCAAAACAUUCAAUCAGUAACCUCAAUGAACGGCCAAUCAGUGCAGCCAUCUUCAUCCGACUUCUAUGCUGAAAUCCCCGGCUCCACUGAAGCACCGAUCCAUGGCUCCAACCAGAAGGAGUCAGUCUUCAUGAGGCUAAACAACCGGAUCAAAGCCCUGGAGGUGAACAUGUCACUCAGUGGACGUUACCUGGAACAGCUCAGUCAAAGAUAUCGAAAGCAGAUGGAGGAGAUGCAAAGGGCUUUCAAUAAAACCAUCAUCAAACUCCAGAACACCUCGCAGAUGGCUGAAGAGCAGGAUCAGAAACAGACCGAGUCCAUACAGGUACUGCAGAAACAGCUUGAGAACAUCACUCAGCUCGUUCUUAACCUGUCACUGCAAGUCAGCCAUCUACAGAGAGAGGUUUCGGACCGCCACAGCUACCUGCUACUCUCUGUGGUCCUCAUCGUGCUCAUCUGCAUUGUCAUCUGUCUCCAUUACUGUCGCACGUCGGGUGAGAAUCCCUCAUCAGAACCUGAAACGUCCAUCCCAAAAUCCUACAGCUGCUGCUGCCCUGACAGGGAUUCCCCUGAGAAUGAGGACGUGAACCCAAAGCGGAGAGCGUCUUAUCCUUUUUCACACUCGGCCAUGCAGAUUGCGACCACUGAAGGUCCAAGUGAAGCAUAUAAUGUAGAAACUCGGAGGAAUUCAACCGGGAGUAAAAAGAAAAAGCGCUGUAAAAUGAAAUCCAGCACAAAGCCCGAGACGAUCACUCCCACAUUACUCUCCACACUCUCAGUCCCCAAUGGAGGACUGCAAUGUAAGAACCACAGUCCUCACAAUCUGGACUUAAAGAUGCCUCCUCAUAGCACCGUUCCUCCUCCCUUCUCUUUUAGAGACUCUCCAUCAGAGGGAAGCUCUGAAGACUCUUCGCAGUCAGACGAGCCUUCACUCUGUGGUAUCCCCUCCUGUAACCGUCUCUGCGAUCCUCUAUCUGCUCCGAAGAACCGCUCGAAAAAGAGGAACCGCUUCAAAAAGAGUUCGGUACUCAAGCAGCUUCUCCAGCCUGUGGAGUGUAACGGCCCACCGGUCGCUUCUAAAUUCACCCUGCAUGGCUUCAUCACUGGCUCAACAGAGCUGAGAGCGAACAGGCCAGGAGCUCCACUACUUCCUAGAGAACCCAGUUUUGACUGAAGAUGAUAAUAAUAAUAAUAAUGUUGAUGUCUGUAGCCACUGCUGAUUGGUAGCUUGAACUCCUGUGGUAAUAUGGUUUCAGUGACUUUAGGAAAUAUGACCACAGGGUUGUGGAAACUGGGACAAUCAUCAAUCAUCAUCUGCCAAGCAGAGAGGAAUCAGCCGAAAGUCAAAAUCAUGACUAAAACAUGAUUAUAAAAUUGUCCUAAUACACUGCUCUUUUUAGAGGGAAAAAUCAUUUGCACAGAUUUUAAAUCAGUAAGGUUUGCUUACGCUUUACAUUAUAUUUUAGACUGAGUUUAAAUCGAAAGUGAGUCAAUCCAAGCAGAUUGUACUUUAAUUGCAAAAUGUUGCUAUUUUUGAUAAAAAUGAAUCAAACUUUUA